AUGGCCUUCCACGUUGGUACAAGGUCCUCCUGGGACAGGGAAAACCCAUACUGUUAUCAACAUUACUAUGCUGCUUUGCUCAAGAAGCUUGCUCCUGAAAGUUACAAGCAACUGAAAGGCCGUGAGCAGCAGCUAUCACAGGAGAUUGCCUAUCUUCAAAGGGAACUCAAUAUGGUUGCAGCGGCUCGGCUGGUAGAUAGAUCCCAGGGUUCAGUAGGGGUUGAUCCUGAUGUUCUUGCUCAAAGGGAUCGUAACCGUGAUAUUCUGCUUCAGAAACUUGCUGCAUUAGUUGAAAGCAGGGAUAAAAUAUUGGUGGAGAUGUCACAGCUGCUGAUAUUAGAAAUCAGGAAUGCUAAAACAGACUUACAACUAUGUCAAGUAGCGGGCAAUAUUCAUGAAGCGCAGUUUACAUUGCGUUUGUAUGAGGCUAUGGCCUAUGAGCACCUUCAGAAGUUCCUGAAAGCUAAUGGUGCCAAGAAGGUUUCUGUUGGUAUAAUCACACCAUAUAAGUUGCAGUUGAAAUGCCUUCAGCAGGAAAUUAAGGAUGUUAUGAAUACUAAGGAAGGGGAGGAUACCUACAUAAAUACAGUUGAUGAUGCUUUUCAAGGCCAGGAGCGUGACGUCAUUAUUAUGUCAUGUGUCCGUGCUUCAAACCAUGGUGUGGGUUUCGUUGCUGAUAUACAAUGUAUGAACGUAGCUCUAACUCAAGCUAGGAGAGCUCUAUGGGUUGUUGGUAAUGCUAAUACUCUCAUGCAGUCUGAGGACUGGGCAGCACUAAUAGCGGAUGCAAAGGCCAGGAAAUGUUUUAUGGACCUGGAUAGCAUUCUCAAGGACUUCUUACCCAUGAAAGUUCCAUCUAAUACACCAGGUAGGAAUUCUUCCAACAACAUCCGGAACAUGAGGACUGGUGGUGGACCUAGACAAGACACUUGGACAUGUUCUCAGAACCGAGGGCUGGUACAUGAACAUGAGGCCGGAUGA